GCCCAAUCUGCUUUUAUUUCUUUCCAUCUUCUCUGAACUUCAUGCCCCUUAUCUCAACUCAAAGGAUAUUAUACAAGAGCUCAAUUCUAAAUUGGUCAACUAUUAGAAGCCCAUCUCAUUUCUCACACUCUUUUAAUAUUUGCAAAUUUCCUGCCAACUUCAAUUCAUUUCACUUAAAUACCUUAUCCAAAGCAAAGUUUUACUCAAACAUGAGUUCCUCUGAAAUUCAAAUCAAUCCACUAAAUCCUGAUGGAUCGCCUAAGACUCCAAAACAAAUUGAAAAGGAAAAAAAAAAAGCUGAAAAGAUGGCCAAAUUUUUAGCCAAAAAGCAAAAACAAAACCAAAAUCAACCAUCUCAGAAAUCAAAAACCCAGGACCAGAAUCAAAAAAAUCAAGCCACUGCCCCCAAAAAAGAAACUGACGCUGUUCCAGAAUAUUUUCCUGAAAAUAAACCAGGUGAAAAGAAAAUCUUGCCUCCUUUAGACCAUCCAUCCUUCAAAUCUUACUCUCCAACAAAUGUCGAGAAAUCUUGGUAUGAAUGGUGGGAUGCUCAAGGAUUUUUUAAACCUCAAUUGACUGAAGAUGGCCAAAUCAAGCCUGAAGGAUUUUUCGGUAUUCCUGCUCCUCCUCCAAAUGUUACAGGUGCUUUGCAUAUUGGACAUGCUUUAACUGUCGCAAUUCAAGACACUUUGACUAGAUUCUACAGAAUGAAAGGCAAAACCACUUUAUGGUUGCCAGGCUUUGAUCAUGCCGGUAUUGCUACUCAAACCGUUGUUGAAAAAAAUUUGGCUAAACAAAACAUCUAUAGAAAAGAUUUAGGUAGAGAAAAAUUUGUUGAAAAAGUCUGGGAAUGGAAAGAAAUUUAUCAUCAAAAGAUUAAAAAUCAAGUUAAAAAAUUAGGUGCCUCUUAUGAUUGGUCGAGAGAAGCCUUCACUAUGGACCCAAAUUUAUCAGAAGCUGUCAUUGAAGCCUUUGUUCAAUUAUACGAUAAAGGUAUUGUUUAUAGAGAAAACAAAUUGGUCAAUUGGUGUGUUCAUUUAGAAACUGCAACUUCUAAUUCUGAAAUUGAAAAUAAAAAUAUUCCCUCAAGAACUCUAUUGAAAGUUCCUGGUUACACUGAAAAGGUAGAAUUUGGCGUAAUCACUUCUUUUGCUUACCCAAUUGUUGAUUCAGACGAGAAAAUCGUUGUUGCGACCACCAGACCCGAGACUUUGUUUGGUGAUACCGCCGUUGCUGUUCAUCCUGACGACCCUCGUUAUAAACAUUUGCAUGGCAAGUUUGUUCAACACCCUUUCCUUGAUCGAAAAUUCCCAAUCAUCACUGAUCCCGUAGCCGUUGAUAUGGAAUUUGGUACUGGUGCUGUAAAAAUUACUCCAGCUCAUGACACUAACGAUUACGAAACCGGUAAAAGAAACAAGUUGGAUUUUAUUAACAUAAUGACUGAAGAUGGUAAACUAAAUGAGAAUUGUGGCACUUGGGCUGGUAUGAAAAGAUUCGAUGCAAGAAAAAACGUCAUUGAAGCUUUAAAAGAAAAGGGUUUAUAUAUCGGUCAAAAUGACAAUGAAAUGGUUAUACCAACUUGUUCAAGAUCUGGUGAUAUUUUAGAACCAUACAUGAAACCUCAAUGGUGGGUUUCUCAAUCCACUAUGGCCCAUAAUGCCGCCGAAGCAGUCAAAUCUGGAAAAAUUCAAAUAACUCCUAAAUUUGCUGAAAACGAUUUCUUUGCCUGGUGUAAUAACUUGCAUGAUUGGUGUAUUUCAAGACAGUUAUGGUGGGGCCACAGAUGCCCAGCUUAUUUUGUCAACAUUGAAGGUGAGUUUCAUGAUUCUGGUGAUGGUCGUUACUGGAUUGUGGCAAGGAACUUGGAAGAAGCUGAGGAAAAAGCCAAGGUUAAAUUCUCAGAUAAGAAAUAUACUCUAGAACAAGAUGAAGAUGUCUUGGAUACUUGGUUUUCUUCCGGUUUAUGGCCUUUUGCUACUUUAGGCUGGCCCAAAAACUCUAUUGAUAUGCAAAGAUUCUAUCCCUUUAAUCUAUUAGAAACCGGCUGGGAUAUUAUUUUCAAUUGGGUUUUAAGAAUGAUUUUAUUAGGUAUUGAGCUAACAGACAACGUUCCAUUUAAAGAAGUUUACUGCCAUUCUUUAGUUCGUGAUGCUCAGGGUAGAAAGAUGUCAAAAUCGUUAGGUAAUGUCGUUGAUCCUUUAGAUGUUAUCAAAGGCAUAUCUCUUGAAGAAUUGAAUAAACAAUUGACUUUGGGUAACUUGGAUCCCAGAGAAAUCGAAAUAGCUAAAAAGGGCCAAAAAGAUUCUUAUCCAAAUGGUAUUGCAGAAUGUGGUACUGACGCUCUAAGAUUUGCCUUAUGUAACUACAGCACUGGUGCCAAAGAUAUUAAUUUGGAUAUUCUUAGAGUUGAAGGUUACAGGAAGUUUUGUAACAAGAUUUAUCAAGCUACAAAAUUUGCAUUAAUGAGAUUGGGUGAUGACUUCAAGCCAGAAGAAACCAAUAAACCAACCGGUAACGAAUCGUUAGUUGAAAAAUGGAUAUUGAAUAAAUUGAACCAAGCUUCAAAGAAAAUUAAUGAAGGCUUGGAAAACCGACAAUUUAUGGAUGCAACAAACUCAUUUUAUUUAUUUUUCCUUAAUGAAUUGUGCGACGUUUACAUUGAAAACUCCAAGUAUCUUAUUUUAGAAGGUACUCCCGAACAAAAACAGUCUGCUAGAAAUACAUUGUAUACGUGUAUUGAAUCAGGAUUGAAAUUAUUACACCCAUUCAUGCCAUAUGUCACCGAAGAAAUGUGGCAAAGAUUACCAAGAAGAGCUAACGACACUACCCCAUCAAUUGUUGUUUCCAAAUUCCCAGAGUACUCAAAGGAUUUGGAGUUCAUUGAAGAAGAAGAAGACUAUGAAAUGAUUCUAGAUACCACGAAGGCUAUUAGAUCGUUGCUAUCGCAAUACAAUAUUUCCAAGCAUGGUACUGUGUUUGUGGAAUGCAGCACCAAAGAAACAUUUGAUAUUGUCCACCAGCAACAGGAAUUGAUUGUAUCGUUGAUUAAAGCUGUUGAGCAGAUCAAGGUCGUCGAGUCAAUCAGUGACAUACCUGCAGGCUGUAUUUUGCAGGCUGCCAGUUCUGAAAUCAAUACUCAUGUGUUGCUCAAGGGCCAGAUAGACAUUGACCAGGAAAUCAAAAAAUUCCAAAAGAAAUUAGACAAAUCAAUUGCUAUUAAGACCUCUGUUGAAAAGAUCAUGGAUGGCAAGGACUACAACGCAAAGGCCUCUGAAAGAGCCAAACAAAACGACACUGAAAGAUUCGAAAAGGCCAAAGCUGAUAUCGAAAGUUUGGAAGCUACAAUUGCCAACUUGGAAAAAUUGAAGCUAUAAGCCAAAAACCAUUUCACUUCACUUUAAUUACGAUUUUUUUUUCUCUUCUAUACAUUCUCUAUAUAAAGCCGAAUAAACAUCC